CAAAAAACAACAAGAAGUUGUUUAUAAAAAAACUUCACUGCAUGUAUUGAUUUUCGUCGCCGUAUCCAGAAAUUCCUGAGAAAAUCCCUGAUUUUCAUCCAAGUGAACUAAUUCGAGCUCCACCAAUCCAGCUGAAAAUGAAUGCCAUAGCGAAACAAGAGUCCUUCGUCAAGAAGAGUUUAUUUCAGUUUAUUACUCGAAACAUCCCAUCAGCUAACUUGAACGUAAUAGAUGACAUAGUACUCUCCUAUGUAAUAUCUAUUUUGGAGGAGGCUUCCCAGGACCCCUGCUUCGAUGUAGAAGGGUUGAUAGAGAUGAUGGCUGGGUACAUCCCGGAGUUUGGGCGCAUCGAUCCCGGGCAGGUGCUGUCCUGGGUGCUCCAGCUCGAGUCGGACCUCUCCCGCGGGAACGAGAGUGACUCCUCGUCCAACAAUGACGAUUCGUCCGCGAGUGACAAGAUCAGCCUGACUCUCCAAAGCCUGAGCGACAUGCUGCCUUCCAUCACUAAAACCAGCCGCUCCCACUCCAACUCUGAGAGCUCUGAGGGCGAAACCCGCCGCCCGGCCGUGGUCGGCGAGACCGACUUGUCUGUGGAGUGCGACAUACUCCAUGAGAUGUUCCCUAACACUUGUGCUAUGGAGAUCAAGCAUUGCCUCUCGAUCGCCUUCGGGGACAUAACCCAAGCGGCCGCCAUCAUACUGCACCGCCGCGAGACUGGCCAGUCUCUGUCCAUCGCCGCACUGCAUUCCACUGUGAAACAACCCUUGUGCGACGACCACGAGCUGAAGAGCCGCAUCAUAGCUCGUUAUUCGUACGUGGACAAAAACUCACUGAGCAAGGAGCAUAAGCCACUGGCUCCCAAGAUCUCGCCCAAGAAGCUGGUCCGCUACCGCGAUAACAAGAUCGUUUCGCUCAAGGGGGAGCGUUACACUGAGGUGCCGAAAUCCGGAGCCGACGAGGAACAUUUAAAGAAGCCCAAAAAACAGCAUUGCCCUUAACCAUUAAAAUCACGUCAGUACGGUGGAAAAGCGGACUUCUCCGCACUCUAUGUGUCCUGUACCUUAGUAGUUCUAUUAGAUGUUGUCUUGAACCCCGCACGCCCCCGUUCCAAUCGAGCUAAGUCAGUGACUUCGAAUAAGCGAAGCACUUCAAUCCACAAACGAAACAAUUUUAAAAUGUUAAACAUAACUACAUUGGUCAUAAUUUUACUUGUUUUCAACCGAAAUUCGAACGAAGUCGCCUAUAAGCAGCCGACUUCGAAUUAUAAGCGGAAGACUUCAACUUCUAAGUGGGAGACUUCAUUGAUCGUCACAACUGUGAAUUCAUUUUUGGGAAUGAAUGUAAUCGAUUUUAAUCGAGUGAGUUUCAACAGUUGCAAGUUAACAUCGGUGAGGUAUAAAAAGAAGGGCGAAUUGGUCCGCGACAAAAAUGAAAUUCGCACGACGAAUAUGCCGUACGACGAACGUUCGUAUCAAAAACGUGUAACGGUUAUUUAUUUCUGUAUUACAAACGUACAUUUAAUGUUCGUUGCGAUCAUAUCGCCAGAACAAAAUAUUGCUAGUCAAAAGUACGGACGACCGUACGAAUCCUAUGUCAUGUUGACAAAAUCCCUUUACGGCGCUUUGACACUGACAUUUAAUCCUGUAGCUUACGGGCUCGGGCGUGCGUUAGUAUGUGUGUUUAGUGUCAUAGAUACCGCGCGUGAAUCGCAUUUUUCUGUAGCGAUUUUCAUUUCGCCGCUUUUUACCUGUACUGAUUUAUUUCAAUGUGUUCAGUUAUGGCGCCCCCAACUUAAUAUGGACUGUAAUUUUAAGUUUACGUAUUUAAUUCGCGUAUUUAUUAUUAUUAUUAUUAAGCUCACGAGGCAGCUGAAAUACAGUAUUACGGUAUCUGCGGCAUCAUUCGAUGUUUUAGCGUCAGAAUGUGUUCAAUUUAGUCGGUUUUUAACUAUUUGUGAGUCGAAUGAGUGGUGGGAUGCUGCAGAUAGGUACGUGACGUACAGCGCGGCGCUAAGACGGCGCUCUCCGUCGGGAUCCGCCGUCAGCAAGCGCCGUUUUAGCCCACGGGCUGUUAUAUUCGGAUUCGCCCUAGUUUUAAGUGAAAAGAUCUGUGUGUUACCUGUGAUUUUGAAUUGUUAUUAUUAUUUUAUUAUUAACAAUGUGAUUCCUAUUGUAGUUUUAUCGUUUUUAUACACAUCUGUGAUUGCGAUGCCAUUUCAUUAUAUUAUAGUUUACUCUUUAAGUGGUUUUUAUAAUUUUAGUUUAGACUUUUUCUUUUCUAAUUCCGAGGACGUUUUGUUGUGAUGUAUAGUUUUUUUAGUGUGGUGUUCGUGAUUCAUAUCAAUUUAUACAAGGUAUGUAGUGUUCAAAUACGAAUUUUCGAAAUCGCCGUAAUUUAAUGAAAGUUAACGGCGUUCAUAUCUUAUAAGUUAUUUAUUCGAGUUUAGCAAAAUAAGUAUCAAUUUCUACAUUAGAAAUAUUUUUAAAUAAUUUAAUUUGUACGCGGCACAUCAACUAGUAAGUUUUUAUUGAAUAAUAAUAAUAAUAAUAAACCAAUUGAAAUAGCAAAAUUUAUUAAUGAAAUUUUUACUCAAUUUGUGAUCGAUUAAAAUACUGACUUUUACAAUAACAGUCUUGUAGUCAAAGUGUAAAUUAUGUGAAUCACUGACGCUUAUUUCGUAUUGCGAAAGUCACAUAUUAUAUAACCAAAAAAUACCUCCCAUCCUAGCUGUCGCUGUCCAAACCUCAAAGAGGUAUGAUUAAGCAAUUUUUAUAUAUAUUUUACGAUUAAUUUUACAUGAUAGACACACCAAAAUAGAUACCGUAAACUUUUACCGCACCGCUCCCACUCGACAAAAUAACGUUCAUUAAAAAAUGAACUUUAAAGCGUAGUCUGUAGACAUAGUUUACACGAUUGAUUCUGGUCGUAGCUGUGUCGUAUAAGGCCGUCCGCACACUAAACAUCGACGUAGUCGUAUAUAUUUACAACGCAUAGGACUCGUGUGCGAAGGGGCUAUAAAAAGUGGUCAACGGUUUUAAUCAAUCUCCUCCAUUCCUUUAAAUUUGAAAAUAUAUCGCGGGCUUCAAGCCACAGUGGCUUAUAAGCAAUACUCUUGCAUAUCACGCCCAUUGGAUAUUGGUUGACGACCGCGAUAUUAUAAUAGACUUCAAAUUUAUUAAGUUGCCGACUUUCAUUUUUACAGUGACUUUAUCUAUAUUAUUAUUAUAAAGAGGUAAGCGUUUGUGAGUUGGUAUAUUUGAGGCGGGUAAUAUCCGAAACUACCGAACCGAUUUCAAAAAUUAUUUUACCGUUAGAAAGAUACAUUAUCCAAGAUUGCUAUAGGCUACAUUUCAUCUCAAAAUUCCCACAGGAGCCGAAGUCCCGGGCAACAUCUAGUUAAUAUAUAAAUAUAAUCUACCUAUCACAAUCGACUUCACUACUUAAUAUGUGACUUUUGUAAUUUUAUUUUAACUCUUUUAAUAGACUGACUUUACGCGAUCUCAUUUGAUGAGGAUGUUUAUCUUCUUAAUCUUAUAUAUUUGUACAGUCAGCAGAAAAAGUACAUAAAUCUUAUAGAAAUAUCAUCAUAAUAUCUGAAUUUGAUAUUAUUAUUAUUAUGGUAGAUAGUUCUAAUUGGCUUGGUAACAAAAAAAUAUUAUAUAAUUUAGUAGUUAUGUCGUAUUUAAUUGCCUCUUUAUUUAGCUUUAAUAAAUAGAUAACUAUGAAUGUGAUAACUAUUUUUUCUGCUGACCGUGUGUUUACUCGGCUUGGCCGAAUAUUUCUAUCUCUUUCUUUUGAAUCUGUCAACGAAACGUGUUGUAUUGAAGGGUAGUGUUGUUGUCCUUUUCUCGACAUUUUAUUUUCGUGUGUAGGAAAAGAUUAAAGUUAAAUGAUGCGGGAUGAAAGGUUGAUAUAAGAAUGAUAAGAAUAUUAGAUCCAGCGGCCAAAAUUGGAAACUUUAAUCUCAUCAAAGUUUGACAAGAAAAUAUUAAAGUGACUUCACUUUAAUAUUUUCUUGUCAAAUUUUGAUAGCUACGACGCCUCGACCAGACCGAAAUAAUGUACACAAAACCGUAAAAAUUAGUUAAAAAGUACAUUAACUGAUAAACUAAAUGUUAGAAAGAGACGGCAACAUUACAAGAAAACGCGCGUUUGUUAAUUUGGCAUUAUAUUGGAGCGUGCACACAAUGGCCCAAAGUUGUCGAGGGUAGAUAUUUUUCCAUUCCAUAUCGAAAGAUUUCAAAGGAAGAUUCGCAGAGCGUUUCGACCGCUGCGGUCGCGCUGUCAUUACAAUUUUUCAUAUUUUAACAAAGAAAAGAAUGAGUUUUACUAUAUGACUUUACAUUAGUUACUCUGUACUACAGUAAUGUCAAUUUUAUGAAUGAUUGAUUUUGGAAAUGAUUCCUUCUUCAAGAAAAUUGACGGAUUGUAAUGACCGCGCAGUCGCAGCAGUCGAAACGCUCUGCGAACCACCCCGAAAUCAGAUUCUGCUAACCAAUCACAUUGCGGUGUGGUGUCGUCGCGUCAAAACACAAUACUAAAUUGUGAUAGGUUCGUCUGUGUCUCGUUUCGAUAUCAAAGUCGCACAACUGUGGUAGUAAUUUAUUUUUAGCUUGAUCUGUCCCUGAUUUUAUAUAUUAUUAUAUAUUUUACAUUGCUUAGAUAUUCAAACUAACUAAUGGACUUCCAUUUUGGACCAACGUGUACACGCAACUUAUUCCUUGUUGAUUAGUGUAUUGGGCUGUUGCGGUGAACGUGAGAAUGAUAUUGAAAGAAAUAUCCCCAAAUUCCCCCCCAAAAGAUCUUAACAUGAACUUUUGAAGCGUUGUAAUGGGUAUUUAAAAUAAAAAAAAUAAUCCUCCUUCGAUUUCACAUUAUCCGUUGUUAGAAUUCCACAAAAAAGGAAAAAAAAAAAAAAACAUUUUUAAAAUUCAUUCUCACAACAUCCUCUUCGGCCGACACAGCAAUUUAGCCAAAAUUUUGGUGCUAAAUUAAAAUAAUAAAAUUUAAAAAAAUAGCCAAACGCGUAAGUAGUUAAAAUGUUUUGAAAAAAAAAUUGCCAACGGUGAAAUUUUGAAAUUGUAUCUUUGAAUAUGUAUGACGCAUUUAUUUUUUACUUUUGUUACAAUUUUUUAAAUAAAUUUUGACUAGAAACCUGCUCUUUUUAAAUUUUCCAAAAUAAUUUUCAAAAUAAUAUUUGGCAUCUUAUAAUAUCAUCAAGUAAAAUUACGACGAAAAUAGACUGUUUAAGCAUUAAUCAAACAAAAAAUUUAACAAAUUGGUAAUAAGUAUGUUAAAAAAAGCAGGUUUCUUUCUAUAUUGAUAAUUUUUUUUAAAUAUCCCAUAGUUAAUUCAGACAAUUUUCAACAUUCGAGUCGAAAUUAAAUACCUACUUCCUUUUGUAAAAUCGUAAUAUUAUAUAAAACUUUAAAUUUUCGUAAUAUAUCCAGCUGCAUUGUUACAGUCUAUGAAUUAUCAUAAUGAUCCUAAAUAUAACUAAUUCAUCUAGAUUAUACAUAUUUUUUAUAAAUAUCUGACCUUGUCAACUACCCUAUUGCGAAUAUGUAAUAGGUAGGCAUUUUUUUUUAAUGUUUGAAUUCAAUAUCGUCUCGUAAUGGUGAAAUUGGCAUCAUGGCCUAGUUCACAUGAACUCAAUAAUUUCAACCAAUAAUACAAUAGCAAUUCCGAUCAGCUGAUCAGUCAAUUUGAAUGAGAAAGCAAACAAUAUUGUCAUAUUUCCCUAUAGAUUUCUUUAUAUCGAAAACUGUUCAAAAUUUUAAGGUUAUAAAUGCGUUGCAACAUAUAACUAUAUAUCAAUGUAUUAUUAAAAUUUCAAUUGUCAUAGUGAAAGAAUAAGUUUUCAAAAACACGUCCACGUGAACUAGGCAUAAAAAUAGGCAUCAAAAUCACAGAUUGUAUGAAAAUUGUAAAACUUAAAUCGUCGCAUUUAUUUUCUACACUUGUAUUAUUGGAUUACAUUUUUUUAAAUUAUUAUUAUAAUUAUAAUUGUAAGGACCACAUGCGAUGAGCGCGCACCUUUGUCAUAUCUCAAGUCGAGGUCUGAUUCUUAAUGUAUUCAUUCAAUAUAUCGAAAUAUCCCUUGAAAAUUGUG